AUUUGCUCCAUGAUUCCAUCCAUUAAUGUCUCCACUAUCAAAUUUUAAUUUCAUUUUCCAACCUUCCAUUUACUAUAAAUACUUCCUCUCCUCACUUCAUAGAAUCGUCCCUUCUUGAGGGAGUUCUUCUCCCUCUUCUUUCUUCCCUUCUCCCUAGUUCUUCUCAUGUUCUUCUUAGUUAUUUGUCUUGCUUGUAUUUUAGAGAUUAAACAUUCCACAAGGAUUCAAUUUGGCUUGUAAGUUGAUUUCGAUUCUCGACUUGGAUUAAUAGGAUCAAACGACACCCGAUCUUCAUUCGCCGAUUGUUGGAUGACGUGAAUUCAAUAUUCGAAGGCGUGGAUCAAGCGGCUAGAUUGAGGAUAUGGCGUGGUUUAGUGGGAAAGUGUCUCUCGGCAACUUUCCGGAUUUCUCAGAUGCUGUAAAUAAGCUGAGUGAAAGUGUGAAGAACAUUGAAAAGAACUUCGACAACGCGCUUGGCCUCGAGGAAAAAUCCGAUGCUAGUGGUAGCGGCAGUGAAACAUCAGGAGGACUAUGGCCAUCUACAGACAGGAAGGCGUUGUUUGAACCCAUCAUUGGGUUUAUGGGCCAGAAAGGUGGAGAGGUUGCUGUUGAAUCAUCUACACCCUCAAAGCCAGAUUCUCCUGUCAAGGAAAAGCAAGCUGAGAAUGACAACUUAGCUAGUCAAGAAAGUGAGCAGGUUCUUCAUGUAGAACAAGUAAAGGAAGAUUUGAAAAAUGCAGAACUAGAGCCAGAAUCUGAAGAAGAAACAAAAUCCACAGUUGGGGAGUCCAAAGAAAAUGCUGGUGUAGAAAAUGUUGAACCUGUGGUCGAUUUGCCUUCGGUUCUCGUCGAAUCUCCUGAACAUAAAAAUGAAGAGAUCGAGCAAACAGAAUCCAUAAAAACAAUUGUAGAGAAUGAGAAGUCAGAGGAAAUGUGUCCUACAGCUUCGGACUCGAUACAACCAGAAUCUACCCACAAUUUUCAAGAGGAGCGUUCAGAUGAAGUACCUCCUAGACAUUUUGAGUCACUUCAACCAGAGUCAACAAGUCCUGUUGGUCAAAAUGAAGUUAUUCAGUCUGUGCCUUCAAAGGAUGCUGACACUAGUUUGCCGGAUAACUUAGGUGCUACUGAAAAAGAAGGCGUUAAAGAUGUUUUUCCAGCUCAAGCUCUGGAUGCGCCGCAGGCAGUCCUGGGUGAAAGCAAAGAAUUAUCUGAAUCAGAAAGUCUUGAAAAGACUAGAGAAGCUAAAGAUAGUUCUACUAACAGGUCGCCUGUUUUACAAUAUAAUGAUGCGGAAGCAUCAAAAGAAGCUUUGGAUAUGGUUACACCUCUAAAUGAUGCCGUGUCUAAAACAAUUGAGCUGACACGGCACCCAGACAAAGAUCCUAAUGCAAAAGAACGCAGUCUAGGUACCGGAAGCAACGUGCCUGAUAGUGCAGAUACAAUGGCAGAACUUCAGAAAUUGAAGAAGGAAAUGAAAAUGAUGGAAACUGCGUUGCAAGGAGCUGCUAGACAAGCUCAGGCCAAGGCCGAUGAAAUCGCCAAGUUGAUGAAUGAAAAUGAGCAACUAAAAUCUGUUAUUGAUGAUCUGAAAAGAAAAACAAAUGAAGCUGAAAUUGAAUCUCUACGGGAGGAGUAUCAUCAGAGAGUAGCUGCACUUGAGAGAAAGGUUUAUGCUCUUACUAGAGAAAGAGAUACAUUGCGCAGAGAACAAAGUAAAAAAAGUGAUGCUGCAGCUCUCUUGAAGGAAAAGGAUGAAAUAAUCACCCAAGUGAUGGCUGAAGGUGAAGAGCUGUCAAAAAAGCAAGCUGCUCAGGAAUCUCAAAUUCGAAAGUUGAGGGCACAGAUCAGGGAGCUUGAGGAAGAGAAGAAAGGAUUGCUGACAAAGCUACAGGCUAGUUUCUUCAUUAUUUCGAGCAUAAAAAGGGAUAAGGCAGAAACUGAGAAGUUGCUUCAAGAAACUGUUGAAAAAAAUCAAGCUGAACUUGCCACACAAAAAGAAUACUACACGAAUGCUUUGAAUGCGGCAAAAGAGGCUGAGGCAUUAGCUGAGGCACGCGCAAACACUGAAGCAAGAACUCAACUUGAAAGUCGAUUAAGAGAAGCCGAGGACAGGGAAAGUAUUCUAGUUCAAACACUUGAAGAAUUGAGACAAACUCUGAGCAGAAAGGAGCAGCAGGCAGUUUUUAGAGAAGAUAUGCUUCGCAAGGACAUUGAAGAUCUUCAAAGGCGAUAUCAAGCAAGUGAACGUAGGUGUGAGGAGUUAAUCACACAAGUUCCUGACUCUACCAGACCUCUUUUAAGGCAGAUUGAAGCAAUGCAGGAAACAGCUGCCAGAAGGGCUGAAGCUUGGGCUGCUGUAGAAAGAUCUCUAAACUCCCGGCUUCAGGAAGCAGAGGCCAAAUCUGCAGCUUCCGAGGAAAAGGAGCGUUCAGUGAAUGAGCGUUUGACUCAAACUCUGUCUCGAAUAAAUGUUCUUGAAGCCCAGAUAUCAUGCCUUAGAGCUGAACAGACACAGUUAACGAAAUCUCUUGAAAAGGAGAGACAGAGGGCAGGAGAACACAGGCAGGAAUAUCUUGCUUUGAAGGAAGAAGCUGACACUUAUGAAGGUCGUGUGGGUCAGCUUGAAGAAGAAAUUCGGGAACUGAGGAGAAAGCACAAGGAUGAGUUGCACGAAGCAAUGAUGCAUCAGACACUUCUUCAGCAGGAACUCGAUCGGGAGAAAGCUGCUCGUUUGGAUCAGGAAAAGACUUCCAGCCUUCCGCCUCUUCAUAUACCAGAUCAAAGUUCCAUAGCUAGGCAGAAGUCAUCUGCCUUUGAAAAUGGUAGCUUGACCCGUAAGAUCUCGAGCGCAAGCAGUUUGAGCAGUAUGGAAGAAACCUAUUUUCUGCAAAACACGUUGGCUUCAUCCGAGAAUUUAUCUGAACAUAGAUCAAUGGCUGAGGUAAUAAGCCCAUACUAUAUAAAGAGCAUGACGACCAGCACUUACGAAGCAGCCCUUCGUCAAAAGGAAGGAGAGCUUGCGUCAUAUACAUCUAGACUGGUUUCUAUGGAAUCAAUUCGCGAUUCUCUUGCAGAGGAGUUAGUUAAAAUGACGGCAGAGUGUGAAAAGCUACGGGCAGAAGCUGACACACUACCAGGGAUACGAGCUGAAUUAGAGGCACUCAGACGGAGGCACUCAGCUGCCUUGGAGUUGAUGGGUGAACGUGAUGAGGAGUUGGAAGAACUUCGCGCGGAUAUAGUCGAUCUGAAGGAGAUGUAUAGAGAGCAAGUGAACUUACUUGUCAAUAAAGUUCAAAUAUUAAGUUCGUCUAUUGGUGCUGCUUGAUGGAGUAUCAAUCUCUGGACUGUAGUUCAGCAUAUUUUCUCGAUACAGUAAUAUGCUGUGGCAUUUAGAUGGUGCAUGUGCUAACAAAAUUUCUUCUGAAAGAUUUUUUGUUCUUUCUGUUACUCAUUUUGUUUUCUUAUAUUGUAUUUAUGUAUAGCAUGAUAAUAGCUUUUGUGGUAAUGUGGUAAAGAGCAUUGCUCAUUAUAUCUACAGUCUUCUGUUUACCACAGUUUCAGUUUAUCGGUAUCCCAAAGGGGAUGUUUAGAUUUUACAUUUCCAAUUUGAUCACUAUUUUCAAAUCUUUUUUACCUUGAGUGAUUUGGAAAUAACUCGUCUUUAUUUUUAUUGGGGACAGAGGAGGGUCAUUCUUUAUUGCAGUUCCAUUGGGAAGUUUCUCAUUCUGUCUUUAUAUUAUCCUUAUCGGUGAGGGUCACCAACUAAAAGACAAAAAUAAAAUAAAAAUAAAAAA